UCUCUCCUUCAUCCAGACCUUUGGCGAUCUGUCUAUUAAUCUGUGUCUACACAUUCCGCGGCUUUUUCCGUACCGGCUGUUAAUGACAGUUCGACUGUCAACGUGCCGAAUGGCCUAAAACGGCAACGGUAGCCUCCGAAAGCGAAGUAUAUCCGCGGGCUGGUCUGAUGCCACGCGAUAACAAGUAUGCAGGUGUCGUUAUCGUUUAUUAUUUGUGAAGUCGCCGACAGUGAGAUUGUCCCGUUCGUAAAUUCCGUUCGAUCGAAUCGAUAUUUGAAGCGAACGUCGAGGAGAAGGAGGCCAGCGUUCACCGAAGACAGCAUGUUACUUGAAAUUCUUACGGACACCAGCUCGCUCGUCACCCGACGUUCCCGAUGUUGCCCGCAGGAUGUUUAACUUGUAGAUGCCGCUUAGAAUUAAUCUAUGAUCGCCGCAAUUUAUUGGCGAGACACGCUCGAGAGCGUUCGGUUGCCUCGAGUCUUUAUCACCUACGAUAACGAGCUUUUUCAACCGGACGCGUGAUAUGACUUGAUUAUCAUCGUCUCAUUUCCACGAAGCGAACGAACUGGGGAAACCGUGGAAGCAUAUGGAACACGAGAGAAUUGCUGUACGUCUUGAAUAUUCCUGUAAUCUCUCUGUAUUAUGCAAAAGUGUAGAGUUAUAGAGUUGUUAUAGACUGAAUAAGGGGGAAAAAUGAUAGUACUGCCUACCCAUCACUAAACUUGUAAUCAACAGCAGAUAUUGCUCUACAUUACAAUGGAUAUUGGCGUUGUCAAAAUUGCGGAAGAUAAAGAUUUUGAGAAAUUAAAGCAAUUGUACGAUGAUAAUAAUGACUGGAAAUUAGAUUAUAACAAACCUGAUUUAUCUGUUUGGACAAAAUCCGUCCGAGGAAUUAGUUUUAAAAUGGUGAAAAUCAGAACGCGUUUUCCUGAUGUUUUGCCAGAAACAUUAUAUGACGUUUUACAUGAUCCUGAAUAUAGGAAAGUAUGGGACACUCAUAUGAUUGAAUCAAAAGAUAUAGGGUUUUUUAAUCCAAAUAAUGACAUUGGUUAUUACUCCAUGACAUGCCCAUCUCCAUUAAAAAAUAGAGAUUUUAUCUUGCAACGAUCUUGGCUAGAUACUGGCAUAGAACAAUUGAUAUUGAAUCAUUCUGUUUAUCACAAAGAUUAUCCACCUAGAAAACACUUUGUACGAGCAACAUCUUACCUCACGGGCUACAUUGUAAGGCCUUCGCGCAAUGGAGAUGGUUCUGAGCUCGGUUAUGUAUCGCACACAGAUCCACAUGGUAAAUUGCCUGUGUGGUUGGUCAAUAAAAUUACGCAAAUAUUUGCUCCCAAAAUGGUAAAACGAUUACAUAAGGCCUCUGUGGGUUACCCCAGCUGGAAAGUACUUAAUAAUCCAAAUUACAAGCCAUGGCAUUAUCCUGAACAAAUAAUGGCACCUAGAAUACGUAUUGAAGAAUGCGUAAAAUCUGUAGAAGAAAAGAAUUCAAAGUAUAAUUAUGUAGAUGAGUCUGACAUAAGGGAAGGUUUAGUCAAGGAACAUACCAUGGUGGACAGCGAUUAAUGUAAUAACAAAAGAGAUGUAAGAAGGGUUUUUAGGUAAGUAAUUAGUGAAGACGGAAUAACGAAAAGCUCUAGAGCUACAGUAUUAUAACUAAAAUAUAACACAGAGACAAUUUGUACAAUUAUCAAAAGUUCGAUUUGCGUAUUUCUUAUAUAAUAAAUUCUAAUUAUAAUGUUAUACA